GAAUCACAACUGGCGACAUUCCAUUUCGAGUAGUUACAUAUGGCGAAGCCAAAGAAUAUGAAACAUGGAUAAAUGCGGUUAAGAUAAUACGGAAAGAAUUAGAUAGCGUAGUCGAUGUCGAUACCCAUGUCAAGGCCGAGCAGUUCAAGACAGAAUUGACACCACAACCGAUCAAUGAUAUUAUAACAUCUUAUAGAAUUUAA